AUGGGCAGAGAAAAAGUUGAGAUUAAGAAGAUUGAGAACAUCAAUAGCCGGCAAGUGACGUUCUCAAAACGACGUGGCGGAUUGCUGAAGAAGGCAAAAGAAUUGGCCGUUUUGUGUGAUGCACAAGUUGGGGUUAUAAUUUUUUCCAGCACCGGAAAGCUCUAUGAAUUCGCUAGUUCCUGCAUGAAACAAAUUCUAGCACGGUACAACGAGAACCAAGAUAGUUCAGAAGCUGCCAGGGUUGAGAAUGUGGCGGAGGAUCAGGAUGAUCUGCAUUCUGAAGUAAAUGCCCUGAAAGAUGCAGUUGAAAAACCCCAGUUACUGCACCGACGGAUGAUGGGAAAGGAGCUCGAAAACUUGAGCUUUAAUGAAUUGCAAGAGUUGUAUCAUCAACGAUAUUAUCUGUCAAGGCUAUCUUCAGUUGACUUUGAGAAGGGGAAAUUCCCAAAGACCGAGUCCAAGUUCCAAGAGCUCGAUGGUGAUAGACUAAUUUUUUCUUUGUAA